CCUCCUCCUCCUCUUCCUCCUUCUCCUCCUCCUCCUCUUCCAGCCUUGUGAGAAACAAGAGACGCCGAACCCGGGGUGCAAAGUUGCUUUUUCGUAGCCGGGAAACUCGCGAGAGGGGGACCGUUUUUCACCAGGGCUCCGAGACGUCCCUCUCGGUUUCCGGUCGUUUUAACUUCGCCGGUUGUCACCGAAGAAAUGUGCACGAGCAGAAGACACGCGCACCGGGGGUGAGGGCUAAGUCCAACUCGCUCUUCCUCGAGCGCCACAGUCCGUACCGUCGGGUGUAACCGGUGAGCCCGGUGAGCCCUCGGGGGGAACGGUGGCUGGUUUCAGUCGAAGUGGCACGCGCGCGGUUUGGGGUGUUUUAGCGAGGCGGCCACAGGUGAUCAGAGGUUAUCGAUCCGAUCGGGAGGCAGUUUGGUGAUUCAUCACUCCGGGUUCAGGAGAACGAGGAUGUUGAAAGUUGAGGAUCUCGUCAGAAUUGCGACUCUCCUCCAAGACGGCUCCCGUCCUCCAUGCGUCCAUCUUCGCCCUCGUUGACGCCGCGCCGCUCCGGUAACUUCCCCGCGUGGCUCCAGAUCUCCGGUGGCGAGCGUGUGAUGGUCCACCGGCGGCCCGCCUUCCUUUCCCGUCGUCCGUAACCAGGACACCUCUUUCCACUCGGACCCCCCGUCCUCCUUCUCCACCUCACCUCCCUCAGAGUGUCUGUGCCAUGAUCCGCAGGCGAGGCUCUCUCAUUCUGUGUGGCACGUUCCUGUUCAUCACCUGGAACGCCAUCCUUGUGCUGAUGCUCUGGGGCCGCCCCCCGCCGCCGCCCGGCCAGCCCGGCGAGCCCGGCCGGGAGGAGAGGGACGUGGCCGAGAGGCCCACCAACGACGUGGUGGCAGACGUGCUGCGCAUGGCGGAUGCGUUCGAGGCGGAGCUGGAGCUGCAGAAGAACAUCCUGCUGCAGAUCAAGAACCAGCAGGCGCUGUGGGAGCCGGCGAAUAGAAACGGGGCGGCGCCGGCGGGCGGUCAGCCCGUCAUUCCCAUCCUGGUGAUCGCCUGCAACCGGGUCACCGUGAGGCGCUGCCUGGACAAACUCCUGGAGCUGCGUCCGUCCGCCGAGCUUUUCCCCAUCGUGGUGAGCCAGGACUGCGGACACGCCGACACGGCCGAGGUCAUCCGCUCCUACGGGAGUCGGGUGAUCCACCUGAAGCAGCCGGACCUGGCGGACGUGGCGGUGCGACCGGAACACAAGAAGUUUCAGGGCUACUACAAAAUCUCCAGGCACUACCGCUGGGCUCUCAACCAGGUGUUCAAGACGCUCUCGCAUUCCUCGGCCGUGAUCGUGGAGGACGACCUCGAGGUGGCGCCAGACUUCUUUGAGUACUUCCAGGCCCUGCUGCCGCUCCUGAAGUCGGACCCCAGCCUGUGGUGCGUGUCGGCCUGGAACGACAACGGCCGGGACGGCUACGUGGACCCGGCCCGGGCCAGCCUGCUCUACAGGACCGACUUCUUCCCCGGCCUGGGCUGGAUGCUCCUCCGGGAGCUGUGGGAGGAGCUGGAGCCCAAGUGGCCCGCCUCCUUCUGGGACGACUGGAUGCGUCAGCCGGAGCAGCGCCGCGACCGCGCCUGCAUACGGCCGGAGAUCUCCCGAACUUUGACCUUUGGCCGCAAAGGAGUGAGCCUGGGUCAGUUUUACGACAAGUACCUGCGAUACAUUAAACUGAAUAACGAAUUUGUGCCUUUCACCAAAUUGGACCUGAGUUACUUGAAGGCGGAGACGUACCGAGGGCAUUUCGAGACGGAGGUCUACAGCGCUCCCGUGGUCACGUAUGAAGAUGUGAAGCAGGGGCAGCUCAAAGGAACCGGGCCCUUCCGCCUAGAGUACUCGAGGAAGGACAGUUUCAAAGUGAUGGCCAAAGAUCUGGGAGUCAUGGAAGACUUUAAGUCUGGAGUCCCACGGACAGGAUACAGAGGGGUGGUCAGUUUCAUCUCCAGAGGACGCAGGAUCUACCUGGCCCCUCCUCCAGGCUGGACCCAGUAUGACCCCACCUGGAGCUGAUGAUCCAGAAGGAAGGUUCAUGUGAAUGUACGUUGGGGGGGGGGGGGGGGGGGGAAGCAUUCCUGACCAGAGACCGGUUGUCUUUGAAUGAUUUAUAUUAUUGUCUAUAACGAUGCUGGAUGGAUUGUCUUGUUUUCCUGGUGUUGGAGUUAUUGCCAAUGCCACUCAGGUCUUUUUCAUUCUUCUACAGCCUUGUCAGAAAAGACUGCUGCAAUUCACUAGAGAUCUAUUUUUGUAUUCUGCUAAUUGUGCACAUGCCAUUCAUUUAUGCCUUCAAUGCAAUUACCUAGUUUGACACUUUUUUAAUUUUUUAUGAAUUAUUUGCAAAUUUCUUGAAAAUAUAUUCCGCGGUACGGUUGUUUAUGGUGGUGGUGGUGACAGGUCAUAACUGCAGUAUAAUCCGUUAUUGUAUUUUCAUUGUUUGUCUUGAAAAUCCGUUCUUCCUGCUAAAUUAAUUAAGUUGAAUGAUUCUCCGAUGUAGAACUACAACUCGCAGGUGUGAAACCCGUGUUUGUAUUUUUGGGGAAUAAAAAAAUUCACAAUUUUGCCUUUUAA